CUUACAUUGAAACGGAACCACAGUGGCUCACAAAGCCACCUACUGACAGAAACAAUCUCAAAGGUUGUUUGUUCUACCAAUCCUCCCAAAAACGACACCGCGCAGAGCCCGAGUUUGUUUCUGUUCCUCAAUUCAAACAUCUCUCAAGUAACUGAGAAUCGUGCGCAGUAGUCAGAGCAUCAGAACAAGAUGGAGGUUUCGCUGUUUGGUUCCUCACGGAGUUUCCUAUUAUCCCCAAAGACACCCGCAAGCUCUUUGACAGAAAGAAACUCAAGUUAUCUGAAAAUGAGGGUUGGUAAUCCAGUUAGGUCAUAUUCAGCUAGAUCCCUCAAGUGCAGGUCUAUCUCUGAGGAUUUGUUUGAGAGAAGUAGCCCACUUGAGGUUAAGAAAGAGCUAGAGACUUGCUUCGACCUCAUACAUAGGCUUGGGAGAGGGAUCCUCUACUUAGGUUCUGCCAGAAUCCAACCAAACCAUUCACAUUACCUGCAAUCACAAGAGCUCAGCAGAGAAGCAGCGAAUCUGUUGAACUGUACUACAUGGUCCGGAGCUGGACCAGGCCUCAUGGAUGCUGUCACUAAAGGUGCUUUGGAAGCUGAGAAACCCGUCGGUGGCAUCAAAAUAGAGAAAGAAGCAGGUGAAUGGACCGCUUCCAAGGUUCAUCCUUAUCUCCCUUCUCAAAACUAUCACACUUGCAGGUUUUUCUCUGCGAGAAAGCAUGGACUUGUGGACGCAGUGGUUAGAAACAAUGUUUCUGACAAGACAGCGGUUAUUACAUUGCCAGGAGGCAUUGGCACGCUUGAUGAGAUGUUUGAGAUUUUGGCAUUGAUUCAGCUCAAAAGGAUUGGAUCUGUGUUGCCGGUACCGUUCAUUGUGAUGAACUAUGAUUCUUUCUACUCGAAGCUGUUUGAGUUCAUUGAGAGUUGCGAGGACUUGGGAACUGUUUAUAAAGGAGAAGUCUCUGCGUUGUGGAAGGUAUGCAAUAGCAACUCUGAAGCUUUGACUUACUUAGCUGAGUUUUAUGAACUUCCGUAUGGUUCUGCAAAACACGAAACUGAACUUAGAGAAACCGCUUGUGGAUGACCAUCAUCCGUUUGUUAGCUAGUUUUUGGUUUUUCAGUUGUAAGAGAGAGUAUUUGUGACAAUGAACUAUACUUAUGAAGGGCAUGUGGCAUAUGCAGUGUAUAUCUUAUGAAAUACCACUAAGAUUUGUCAUUGGUGUCAAUUCCAUAUUGUGUUUUCUUUCUCUUAGCACUACGUUGUUGUAUUUUGAUAUGAA